CGGGAGGCCACGCCUUCUGCUGGCCAUCUAGGCUUCUGAUUGGUCGGAACGGGAGAAACGCGUGUGAGUGGACAACCCGCAUCCUUGAACCGGAGAGGACACAGUGGGUGCAGGGAGAGUACAGUCCCCGGUGUAUGCAGUGUACGGGAGAAGACGGGUUUCAUUAAUGUCACUAUAAAAGGAGGUGACAUUUGGUUUAACAGCGCCCUCUAGCGGUGGCCCCCGACAUCACACCUGUCACAAAAUGCGGCUCCUCCGGGCCCUGAUGAGAAGUGCCCCCCUGACCAGCAGCAGCACCCCCACCCUGGUGGACUACUACUCCAAGUUCUCCCCAUCCCCCCUCUCCAUGAAGCAGUUCUUGGAUUUUGGAUCAGUGAACGCCUGUGAAAAGACGUCCUUUAUAUUUCUCCGGCAAGAACUUCCCGUACGGUUGGCAAAUAUAAUGAAAGAAAUUAAUUUGCUUCCUGACAACCUCCUGAAGAUGCCUUCUAUCAAACUGGUGCAGAGCUGGUACGUCCAGAGCUUUCAGGAGAUAAUUGAUUUUAAAGACAGAAAUACAGAUGAUCCUGAUACAGUCAGGAAAUUCACAGAUACAGUAAUAACCAUCCGAAAUCGUCACAAUGAUGUCAUCCCAACCAUGGCGCAGGGCGUUGUGGAGUACAAGGACAGCUUUGGAGUGGAUCCAGUAACAUCUCAGAAUGUGCAGUAUUUCUUGGAUCGGUUCUUUAUGAGCCGCAUAUCGAUUCGGAUGCUUCUAAAUCAGCACACUCUUCUUUUUGGUGGAAAAGUAACGGUGAACCCAGCUCAUCCAAAACACAUAGGCAGCAUAGACCCAACAUGCAAUGUGGUUGAUGUUGUUAGAGAUGGGUAUGAGAAUGCAAAGCACCUGUGUGACCUGUAUUACAUGAGUUCUCCUGAACUGGAACUUGCAGAAUUUAAUGCACAGAACCCAGGACAGCCGAUUCAGGUGGUGUAUGUCCCCUCACAUCUGUACCAUAUGGUGUUUGAGCUUUUCAAGAAUGCAAUGCGUGCUACCAUGGAAUUCCAAGCAGAUAAAGGUGUAUAUCCUCCUAUCAAAGUAAGAGUAUCUCUGGGAAGUGAAGACUUAACAGUCAAGCUCAGUGAUCGUGGGGGUGGAGUGCCCCUCAGGAAGAUCGAUAGACUCUUCAACUACAUGUAUUCUACUGCACCUCUUCCUAGAAUGGAGACGUCUCGUGCUGUACCACUGGCCGGGUUCGGCUAUGGUUUGCCCAUAUCCAGACUCUACGCGCGGUACUUUCAAGGAGAUCUGAAGUUAUAUUCUUUGGAAGGCUAUGGAACGGACGCGGUCAUUUAUAUCAAGGCUUUAUCUUCCGAAUCAAUAGAGAGGCUCCCGGUGUAUAAUAAAUCUGCAUGGAAACAUUAUAAAACCAACCACGAAGCUGACGAUUGGUGUGUGCCGAGCAGCGAGCCUAAGGACAUGACCACGUUCCGCAGCAGCUGAACAGCUUUAGGUGUCGGCACAUACUGGCCCUGGCUUGUCACUCACAGUUUUAUUGUCCGGUUUGCACCUUUUCUAUAUAAUUCAGUGGGUAUAAACUGUGCAUUCUGUGAUGAAAUGUAAUGUACAAGCUUAACCCCUUGCCUCCUAUAGCCAGUUAUACAUAGGAAAAACACAUAGGCCUGUCACACUGUGCAGAUUACUAUCGCUUCAGGGAACAGGGAAAUCUAUUACUUCAUGUAGAACAAUGUAACUUGGUAAAAUGUGUGUGUAUGUAUGUAGGACGCAGCGGCAUAUAAGACUCACCCAACAGUGAUCUUCAACUUGCAGACCUCCAGAUGUUGCAAAACUACAACUCCCAGCAUGCCCGGACAGCCAACGGCUGUCCGGGCAUGCUGGGAGUUGUAGUUUUGCAACAUCUGGAAGUCUGCAGGUUGUAGACCACUGGAUAGGAGGUUAUACUCACCUGUCCCCGCCGCUCCGGACCCGUCACCGCCGCCCUGGAUGUUGCUCCAUCGCUGUCGCCACGUCCCCGGGGUGUUCCCGACGCUCCGGACGUCUUCUUCCCCGGGAUCCACGCUCGCCGUCACCGUCAUCACAUCGCUAAGCACGCCGCUCCUAUUGGAUGACGGGACGGCGUGCGCGGCGAUGUGAUGACGUCAAAGGAGAGCGCCGGCCAUGCAGGGGAUCCCGGCACGGAGCAGACACCGAGGAGGCAGGUAAGGUCCCUCCCGGUGUCCUGUAAGCUGUUCGGGACGCCGCGAUUUCACUGCGGCGGUCCCGAACAGCCCGACUGAGCAGCCGGGUUACUGUCACUUUCACUUCAGACGCGGCGGUCAGCUUUGAUCGCCGCGUCUGAAGGGUUAGUGCAGGGCAUCACCGCGAUCGGUGAUGUCCUGUAUUAGCCGCUGGUCCCGGCCGUUGAUGGCCACAGGGACCUCCGUGAUAGGGGUGUAUUCGCCGUAUAAGACGCACCAACUUUCCCCCCCAGAAAAAUUGCGUCAUAUAUGACAAAAAAUACGGUAUGUGUGUGUGUGUGUGUAUGUAUGUAUAUAUG